AUGGAUAUCAACCUAGGUGAAAUAUUUAUUCCCAACGAUUAUACCUUAACUGAUUUUAAAUAUAAAGACGUUCAAAUAUAACUUUACUCUCUCAAUAGUGGUUCUACUGAUUUUGAUCUGACAGGUCAAAUCAUUUGGCCAGCUUCUAUAGAAUUAACCAAAUUCAUCAUAGAUAAUAAUCAAUUAUUUAAGGAUUAAAAUGUACUUGAAUUAGGAGCAGGAGCAGGAUUAUGUGGAUUUGUUGCCGCUAAAUAUGCAAAAAAUGUCAUUAUCACAGAUGGCAAUUAAAUCGUUUAAGAUCUUAUUACUAAAAAUAUUGAGCAUCUCAAAUUCAAAAAUGUUUAAGGUUCAUUAUUCUAAUGGGGAUAUACAAAUAGUAAAGCCUUUCAAGAUAUCAACAUUAUCAUUGGAGCAGAUAUUAUAUUCUGGCCUCAAUCUAUUGUACCUUUAUAUGAAACUAUUAAAUAUUUCACAGAAUAAAACAAUAAUAUAUAAAUAUUUGUGUCUGGAAUCAAAAGAUAUUAACAAACAGAAGAUGAAAUUGAUCAUUUAUUAACUUCAAUCAAAAGACCAAGAGUUCUUAUUAAAUCAAUUAAUGAUUAUAAAUAAACUGUGUAUAUUUAUUAAUUAUGA